UUUACCGCCCAAAGCCAAAACGCCAUUUCUAGAAUAUCUAGGGGCAUUUUCUUUAAUAUCACUCCUGAGUCCUGAGGCUUAGGUAAACAUGACAACCUUGCUUAAAAAGCAAGAUCAUAAAUAAAAGAGGAAAGAAGCAACAAUUGGGUGUGACUCCUAGUCCUAUGUCUGUGUCAUCCUUCCAGUGAAAGACUAGCAGAGACAGAAUGCCACAAGAGGACGAUGAAUCAGAGAUCAAGCUUCUCAAGAAAGAACUUGAAGUGUCUCGGGCCAGGAUUGAACCAUUGGAGAAAGAGAAACAGGAGUUAAAACAGGAAGUAAGCCGUCUAAAAGCACAAAUAAGUUCCCUUAGAGCACACAAUAAUGAGAGGAAGACCAUGCUAUGGAAGAAGUUACAGAAUUCCUUGGACAGCAACUAUACAGAUGCAUCUCAACACAAACCAUCAAUUUUCAUGAGUGUAUCAGAACAACGUCCAGGAGUACCAGAAAAGACGAGUGCCGGAACAGAUAUCCCAGAAGCAAUAGCAGAGAAGAAAACAAUAAAGGUACCAAACCCACCACCAAGGCCUCAUUCAGUCACUCCUUCCUUGCCUAAGGAAGUAGUGAAAGGAAACACAGCACCACCAACACCGCCACCACCGCCACUGCCAUCAAAAUUGCUAGCUGGGUCAAGAGCAGUGCGGCGAGUGCCAGAGGUUAUGGAGUUAUACCGUUCACUAACUAGGAGAGAUGCCAACAAGGACAACAGAACCAAUCCUGCAGGAACUCCAGUAGUUGCGUUUACUAAGAACAUGAUUGGAGAAAUAGAAAAUCGCUCAUCAUAUCUUUCAGCUAUAAAAUCAGAUGUGGAAAGUCGCGAAGAAUUCAUCAAGUUCUUGGUUAAAGAGGUAGAGUCUGCAGCUCAUAGAGAUAUAUCUGAGGUAGAGUCAUUCGUGAAAUGGCUAGAUGAGGAAUUAUCAUCACUGGUUGAUGAAAGGGCAGUACUUAGGCAUUUCCCACAGUGGCCAGAACGUAAAGCAGAUGCACUAAGGGAGGCUGCUUUCACCUACCGAGAUCUAAGGAGCCUUGAAUCUGAAGUUUCACAUUUUGAGGACAACCCAAAAGAGCCUUUGGCCCAGGCUCUAAGAAGAAUUCAAGCAUUGCAAGACAGGUUGGAACAAAGCAUCGACAAUAUAGAAAGGAUGAGGGAAAGCACAAGCAAGAGGUACAGGGAUCUCCUAAUCCCUUGGGAAUGGAUGCUGGACACAGGCCUAAUUGGUCAGAUGAAAUUAAGUUCACUAAAGCUGGCCAAGGAAUACAUGAAAAGGAUAGCUAAAGAACUGCAGUCUGAUGAAUGCUCAAAUGAUGACAAUCUUAUGCUUCAAGGAGUUCGAUUUGCAUAUCGAGUACACCAGGCGGUUUUGAUGCAGAGACCAUACAAGUAUUUCAAAAGCUAAAGAAAGUCGGCUUGGGUAGUGACAAAUGAUUACACGCAUAGCUAAACACCCCAGAGAUAUUAGAAGAAUGUGGAAAUUAUCUAGCUGUAUACUAUCAAUCUACCAGUGUGAGGUGAAGUGCCAUACGAGUUAAAUUAGCUAUUCAAUAUUGGAAAUAUUUGGUAUAUAUCAAUUUAGACAAGGAUAAGUUCCAAUAUGACGAAUCUGAGUUCUAGUAUUCUAAGACACGUUCAAAGUUUAUUCAAAGCUGUAGCAAGGCAAACCCUUGUAAGGCUUGAUGAAGCAAGUCCUUCCUAAAGUCUAAUGCACAUAUUACAACUGCACAGACCUUACCAUCCAUAUUAAGAUGUGAUCUAUUAACUAAUGACUCAAACAAAACAACUAAGCCAUUCCUUCCUUCGCUACCAAGGAAUAAACUAACUGGAAAUCAUUUACAAAUGCACACACAUAUCCUAAAUGAUUUAGAUAAAACCACCAGGCAAGCUCAAUUGCAUUUCAUAUUUUCAAAUAUAUAUCCAAUCAAAUUCUCUUUUGGUAACAAUAUAUUAGAAUGGAAACCAUAGUACAAGAAUGUUUUGUACACACAGAAUCAUUAGUCUUAAGGACAAAUCAUGAAAAUUUAUGCUAGCCCAUGUAGCUCACUCAGCUACCAAGAAUUCAAAACUGGUUACCAAUUACUGAAAUCUAUAUUUAAACUACUGUAUAAAUGUUUACAUGGGAAGAAUAAACCGAACUAUCUAAAAAUUCUAGAAAUACAUUUAUGAAUUGGUUCAUCCGGCUCAGAAACAAUUUUCAGGUUUGCCAAACAACCCUUUAGAACACCCUAAGAGCCCAGUGCAAUGUGAGGUUGUUUUGUCAAUUAGAUUUAUUAUAAACACAUUCAAAUCCAAAUCUAUAAGAUCAGAUUCCACUACAAACAUAAUAGAAAUGGGUUUUGCAUUCUAAUUCCCAUUCCAUCUUAUUAUGGCCAUAGAAUCAAAACCUGUUAUUUGCAACAAUAACACAAUCGCAUUCACAUAAACAAUACUAUCAAACUCAAAAGCAAAAAAAAAAAAAAAAAA